GGGAAGAUACUGAAGCGUCUGCAACACUUGUUUGACACAGCCAAUGUACUUCUGUAUAUGCUAUCUGAAUUCUUUGCCCGGGGGUGAACUCCUGAGGAGCGAAUGACGAAACAAAUUUUGCUUUUAUUCACAUUCAGAGGAUUAAUAAGGAAAGGAAAAAAGGGAAAAAAGAGAAAAUGGCCAGUUUUAUAUUACGGAAAGCUGAACCCAACGACGUGCCCGAUGUCAUGCGACUCAUAAAGGAACUUGCUAAGUUUGAGGAGAUGGAGGAGAAGGUCAUGUUGACCGAGAAAGAUCUACUUGAAGACGGCUUUGGAGAUCAUCCAUUCUACCACUGUUUGGUGGCCGAAGUCCCCAAAGAGCAGAGCUCAGAAGGGUACACUGUGAUUGGCUUUGCCAUGUACUAUUUUACAUAUGACCCUUGGAUAGGGAAGCUGCUCUACUUGGAGGACUUUUAUGUCAUGCAGGAGUUUCGGGGUUUGGGAAUUGGUUCACAAAUCCUGAAGGUUCUGAGUGAGACGGCAGUGAAGACUCGCUGUAGUGGCAUGCACUUCAUUGUAGCAGAAAACAACACAAAGUCCAUCGAGUUCUACAAGCGGAGAGGAGCGGCUGAUCUCUCCUCUGAGGAGGGCUGGCGUCUUUUUGAGAUUGAGAAGGACGAUCUGCUGAAAAUGUCGGCCAAAUAGAGUUUACUGUUUUUUCGCUUGUACUGACUACUGGUGAUAAUCACGUUUUUUUAUUGUGGUCAUUGAUGUGACACAGUUUUAAUAAAUACAUAUAAAAUGGUUAUCUUUGAUAUUAAAUUGUAUCUUUUGAAGGACCUCUGCUGAUUACUGAACAAACAUAUGAGUUAAUGGUACUUUAAUGGUAAAAUUCCAUAAAAUUUUUUAGAAACA